UAUAAAGAAUACUUUUGAAAGAUGUGUUAGAAAUGGCUAAAUUCACUGCGAAUAAGAUACAAUAGAAAUAGUAACUGACUUACAAAGAUGACAUUCAGGUGUAACAGCAACUUCGAGAUUAUGUUCACAUAAAAGUUCCGAAAGUGUUGAAAUUUUGCUUAGCAAAAUAACCAGAAUACAGCUACAAGUUCUUGUUGGGGUAAAAUGAGCGCUGUCUCUUUAAGAGACCCGGAAACAAUCCUUUCCAGUGUUUGUUGCUGGGGAGUUGACGGACAGCUGCGCGGGGACGAUGAUAUCUAACCCGCUGACUCGGGCUGUCCGGAGCAGAGUGCGGUUCUGGAGACACCGAGCUGUGUUUAAAGUUCUUCCAGAGGCCUCAGGUGGCGGCAGCCGGCGCUGGUACUCCGCUCCGAGUCGAAGGGGGGUCUCGGUUAUGGAGGAGAUCCUGGCGAGGGUCGUUGCACCUUUACCUUCAUAUGAAACCAGAGAUAAAUCUCCACCUCCGCCCGAAUCCACCAGCUUGGAGUUCAUGAACUACUACAGAGGUCUGGAAAAGGAAGACAAAGUCGAUUUUCUGUCCAAGCUGUCCCAGGAGUGCGGAGUGGACCAUAAAACGGUGUCAGAGCUCGCUACGAAGCUGCUGGACACUCAGCGACGGGACCAGGCGACCAUAUUGCAGGCGGAGGACAGGCUCCGGUACAGCCUGACGCCGCGCUACAAGCAGCUGUUCAGCCAUGUGAGCCGGGUCGAAGGCGGGGUGAAGUUCCUGGUGGACCUCCGAGCGGAUCUGCUGGAAAUACUCACGUCCAAAGCAAGCGAAAACCCACACAUCAGGGACCUGAACGGUACUCUGAAGAGCCUGCUGUCCAAGUGGUUUGCUGUUGGUCUGCUCCGGCUGGAGAGAAUCACCUGGCAGUCGCCCUGUGAGAUCCUGCAGAAGAUCAGCCAGUACGAAGCGGUUCACCCAGUCAGGAACUGGACCGACCUGAAGCGCAGAGUGGGACCGUACCGGCGCUGCUACGCCUUCACACACGCCGCCAUGCCGGGGGAACCGCUGGUGGUGCUGCACGUGGCGCUGACCGAGGACAUUUCCGACAACAUCCAGGUCAGAACCAGAACCAGAACAGACAACAUCCAGAGUAUUGUUCGGGAAUUUGCGACUCUUGAUGCAGAGGAGGACAUAAACAAGAUCAAUUCAGCCAUUUUCUACUCCAUCUCCUCCACCCAGGCCGGCCUGCAGGGCGUGGAGCUGGGCAACUACCUCAUCAAGCGCGUGGUCCGGGAGCUGCAGAGCGAGUUCCCCCACAUGGCCCAGUUCUCCAGCCUGUCGCCCAUCCCGGGGUUCUGCUCCUGGCUUCAAGGCCUGCUGAGCCAGUACAGGAAGGAGGGCCGGGGGGCCGACCUCUUAUCGGAGCAGGAGUGGCGCGAGGUGGAGCAGGCCCUGGGCUCCGACGCGGGAACCCCGCCCGUCGACUCUCUGCGGAAGCUCAUCGCCACCGGGGAGUGGACGCGCUCCGAGAAGCUGAGCCUCGCCCUGGAGCCCGUCCUGAUGCGCCUCUGCGGCUGGUACCUCUACGGAGAGAAGCGCCGAGGCUUCGCCCUCAACCCAGUGGCCAACUUCCACCUGCAGAACGGCGCCACCAUGUGGCGGAUCAACUGGCGCGCCGACACCAGCCCCAGGGGCGUGGCGAACUCCUGCGGCAUCAUGGUGAACUACCGCUACUUCCUGAACGAGACGACCAACAACAGCGUCCUGUACCUUCAGAAUAAGGCGGUGGCGGCUUCGCAGCAGGUUCUGGGCCUCGUGUCGCAGUUCCAGAAGAACAGCAAGCUGUGACUGCGUCGCAUUCAGCAGAGUAUCAGGCACUGCAGACGCAGAAAGAGGAGCAAGCUUCCACCAAAAAACUGAGAUCAAACAUUUCUAUUAAAAAAAUCAGAAAUUUUUAGAUUAAUCUUGGAAAUUUCAGAGAAAAAGACAUGGAAAUUUAUGAGUUACUAAACUUUAAAAAUGUAAACUUUUGAAACUUAGAAAUUUUAACAUUUUCUCUAGAAAAUUUCUGAGUUUUUCCAAUUUAAUUUUUUUAAAACUCUUAAGAUUCUUUGUCAGAAAUGAGCUGCUCUUUUUUCCUGUGUACAGUGGCCGUGGUAGUUAAACUUUAACAGUUUAGUUUUUGUUUGAAACAGACUGAUGUGUUUUGUCAGUGUUUGAGGGCCCCGGGCCCCCCGGGCCCCCCGGGCCCCGGCGAUGGACUCCUGACGUCAGGAACAGAAAGUGGGCCGUUUCCUCCAUGAUGUAACUCGGCCCAUCUGCUGCGCGCCUCAUUAGAUUUCUAGCCAAAGCCGUUUGAUAUUGUGUAAGUGAUUCCCAGAGCAGACUGCAGCUAAUGAAGCAGAAGGCAUCCAUCAAUGCCAAAGCAUGUUGGUAGGUAAUAGCAUGUAAUGGGGGGUUCUGGAAUAAAUGAUGUUUAUUCUUUCAUCAGGAUGAGCUGCUGCACCGUAAACAGAACAAAACAAAGAUAAAUAGAUCUUUUUCUUUCUUCAGCUUCACCUGCAGUUGCUCUUCUUCUUCUCGCCUUUAAAGCUCAUUAAAGAAGCAUGAAGUCGCC